AUGAAUAUACUGGUAGCAGAAGACAAUGUGUUUAACAUGUUUGUUGCCAAAGCGGUGCUGGAGAAAUGGGGCAUCAUCAUUACCGAAGCCGUUAAUGGCCGCGAAGCACUGGAUAAAUUUAACGAUGGCCAGUACGAUGUGCUGCUGGUAGACCUUGACAUGCCGGUGAUGGAUGGUUACGAACUGCUGGAUAAUAUACGCAAAGACAACAAAAAAAUACCGGUGAUAGCAUUUACUGCUGCGGUAUUUGAAAACAUACAGGCACAAUUGAUCAACAAAGGAUUUAAUGAUUAUAUCUCCAAACCUUUCAGGCCCGAAGACCUGCACGAAAAAAUUGCCCGCUUCAGGGAAGUAGCUUAG